AUGCAAGCACCGAUCCCUGUAUCUCAGAACCCCAUUCACGAUCCACUAAAGCCAAGCACAAGGGUACCAGCAGGGCCUGGGUUGACGGGCGAAAAGGGUUACAGGGCCUAUCCGCCUGUCAACAUGGCGAUAGACCACGCUAUGUGCGAACUUCUUCCUCCCUAUAUAUAUCGACCUGAAUUUCUAACUUCUCUCCUCCACGCUCCGUCCAACCCUUGUAAGACGUUUUCGACAGAUUGGGAUCGGAAGACGGAGUCUGUCGACUUGGGCAAUGUCAUGGUCCCCGGAGAUAUCCUUCAAUUUGAGGGGAUGUACCUCGAGCGAAUGGCUCAGUCCAGUUCCACAUCGUUAACCUGGCGCUCCAUCAUAACCCGCCAAGAACACAUUCAAUUUUAUAUUGUAUACUGGAUUCUACAUACGCCGCGAUCUCCCGACGGUCGCCCCGCCUAUCAUCAAGGAGUGCCCGAUCUGUGGUGCAUCAUUAGGUUCUACUCACGGUCGUCGAUCAUCAAGUUUCCCCUUGAACUCCUGGCAUACCUUUGCGCUGUUUUUGGUUCAAUAGCAUGGGCGGCUUGUUUGGGCAUCUUUGUCUUACCUGGAGCACCUAUUUCCAGGUUCCUCUUGUCGAUUGGGAUUGGGGUGGUCUCAGAGGUGGCUACUUUGGUGGUGUGGAAUCAAUGGCUUGGAUACCCGAUCAAGGUGCCACUUCGCAGUGUUGUGCGACUUUGCACACAAGCGCAGUCCGCCUCGACAGUCGAGGUGUUCCCAAAAUCUGUCUAA